AUGGACCCUAAAUACAUUCCUUACCACCAUUCCUUGCCAUCAUCUGUUGUUAAUACCAAUGCUAUAUCAGCAGAUGUCAAUGUUGAAGAUCCCAUGCUACCACACGUUCCUCAAGAUCAUUUAGCAAGCAUGUACCUUCAUGGUAUUUCGUAUCUUGACCAGCUAUCAACAAUGUCGGCACAAACAUUACCGGGAUCCGAAGCCUGCUGUGUAGCGUCAGACGUGGCCCACGUGGUUAGCCAAUGUUCACAAAGCCAAGGUGGCCUUUCAAAUACCGACCUUGUGUCCCAAAUGACAUCUUGGGCGAUCACUUUUAUCACGGAUGAUGAUUUUCUUCGUGAAUAUUAUUAUUGGCUUACGAUUUACCGGCUAUAUACGAAUGACACGCAAUGGGAUUGCUUAUCUCACCUUCCUCCGGAAACAGCACCAUCAUCACCAGCACUAUCACCACCAUCAUCGGCAUCAUCGGCAUCAUCACCACCACCAUCAUCACCACCACAAGAGUCAGCAUGCUCACCGCUCACAAUGAGCGACGUAUCCAGUGAAGGAAGACCAGCGUGCGAUAAUUGUCAUCGUACCUUCUCACGAAGGGACGCAUUACAUCGUCAUCUCGAGAAGUCUUGCACGUACAACAGAAAAGGAUACACUUCACAACAUGUCUUUUCAGCAUUCGAGUAA